GGAGGGUGUAUGCUCCUGAACAGCCAUGGCAGGAACUAUGGUACGCAUUGGUGACCAGCUCAUCCUGGAAGAAGAUUACGAUGAGACAUACAUUCCCAGUGAGCAAGAAAUCCAGGAUUUUGCAAGGGAGAUCGGGAUUGACCCUGAGAAGGAGCCGGAACUGAUGUGGCUGGCCAGGGAAGGCAUCGUGGCUCCGCUACCACCUGAGUGGAAGCCCUGCCAGGAUAUCACUGGUGACAUUUACUACUUCAACUUUGCUAAUGGCCAGUCCACGUGGGACCACCCCUGCGAUGACCACUAUCGAGAGCUCGUCAUCCAGGAGCGAGAGAAGCUCUCGGUACAAGGCAGAUUGAAAAAGAAAGAGAAGAAGAAGAAGAAAGAGAAGAAAGACAAGAAAGAGAAGCAGUCGCUGAAGCAGGCUUCAUCUUCAGGCACCCUGCUGGCACCCGUCCAGGCUCCCUUGGGGAAUCUCGCACCGUUGCGUGGCCUUGUGGACUCUUCUGCUCGUGUCCUUCGUGGCUCGUUGAACUCUGACGUGGGAAGCUCUGUGGACUCCAGUCUCCUGCUCAAAGGAGGAACUCAGCCUGCAGAGACCUGUAAGCCCUCCAGCCAGACCAAGAAGUUGCUGGGACUGGUCUGUGAAGAGAAGAGUUCCUUAAACACCACGACUCAAGAUAAAAGGAGAAGUGAAGAGGAAGAAAGUGAGAAUGAGAGUCUCCGUGGAACUGCAAGACUGUUCAAAAACCUGCACAUGGAUAUCAGUGCCCUGGGAGGCAGCUUUGAAUCUGAGGAGAGCAGCAAAGCCAUGGAGGAAAACCGUGGCAGCCGGUUAGCUGAUGUCACUGAAGCUGAUCUCCAGCACCGAAGGAGCCCCGCAAAGGAAGCUGGAAGUCCGAGAGAGAAGGAGUCUUUAAAAUCGAGACCCGCUGAAGAAGGGCAAGAGUCUUCCUUGGAUUCUGACGAAGCGUGCCCACCGACUCCAGUUAAAGUCCUUCCUGGAGAUGCUGACAGUAGCCUGUCUGGCCAGAACAAAGAGGAGUCUGAUGGGAAACUUGCUGGGAAUGAACUACUGGGCAAGAAAGAUGCUGAGGUGGAAGGCGAAGUCUCUGCAGUUGAUGAGUUGCCACAGUCUCUGGGGGAAAGGAGAGCAGCUGGGACUGAUGUGCCCAGCAGUCCCGGGCAACCUCGAGCUGCAUCUCCAGAUGCUGGAGCUGCUGAGGCAGAUCAGCUGGCAAGCCUGGCUGUCACCGUCGACACUGUGUCUGUUGAUGAGAAGAUUGUAAAUGAAAUGAGGGAAGAAGCAGCUGAUCUAAAAACAGACAGCAUGCUGGAUGCUGGCAAACUUUCAAAGGCAUCUGAGACCAGUGACUAUGGGGAGGACUUGCUGGUUUCUAACCACUCAGAUCGUGAGCUGAUUCAGCCUAUGGAUCUGGGUUUCCACAGUCGACUUCCUGAGCAAGUAUUGGAUGUGGGUAUUCUUUCUCCUGUUUUGGACAGCCCCAUGUGCAAGGCACAGGAGCUGGGAGAAGAGGAAAAAGACCAAAGCAAAGCCAGUAUAGAGGAAGAGCAAAGCAAAAGAACAAAAGCUACUGAGAGUGAAAGGGAUCAAAGUGAAACAUCAGAAGAGAAGUGUUUUGCUUUAGAAAACCCCAAACAGGAAGAGGCUGUGGCCCUGGAGCCGGAGGAGGGAUCGCUGGAUAGCCUAAUCAAUCUGGAGGAGCUUGCGGUCCUGCAGAAAGCGCAACCUGAGGAAGAAAUCAAACAGGAGACCUUGAACCACCCUAAUGAAGAAUCCCUAGAGGGAAUAGCCAAGGAGCUGGAGAAGGAGGCAGAGCAAGAGAAAAUGCACUUAUUACAAGCAAAGAAGGAGAAAAUUCAGCAAUUCCAGGAGGAGAUGAGGCAGCAGGAGGAGCAGGAAGCCCGGGAGCUUCAUCAGCAAAAAGAAAAAUCCCUCAGGACUCUGAAAGAGGAUUUGGCAAAGGCUUCCAAAGAGGAAGAGUUGCGGGUGAGAAAGGAAGAAACUGAAAGACUUUCAAAGCUGCGAGCCCAAAUCACCUCAGAGACGGAGGCAGAGAAGGAGAAGAUAAGGGCAGAGCAAGAGGUUGCACUGCAAAAACUGAGAGAAGAGUGGGAAUCGCUGCAGGUGACAGAGAAGGCGAACCUGGAGGGGAUGAAGAAGCUUAUUUUGGAGAAAAUGAAGCUGGAAAUAGAGGAUGCUCAGCAGAGUGAGAUGGUCAGAUUAGAACGAGAGAAGGAAGAAUUCCUGAGUGAGUUCAAGGAGAGAUUAGAAAGGGAAAAAAAGAAGGCCACAGAGGAGCUAGAGAAGCAGUUUGCAACAGAGCUCCAGCAGCUGAAAUCCACAGCAGCAGAGAAGCAUCGAAAGGCCAUUUCCAGCCUGCAAACCCAGAUAGCAGAGGCACAGAGGACUGAGGAGGCUCAGCUGCGUGAAGACUUGGAGAGGGCAGAGCAGAAAGUCCAGCAAAAAGCAUACCACGUAAUAGAAUAUGAACGCGAGCUCAGUGAGCUUUUGAGAGAGAAACGCCAGGGAGUGGAAAAAGACCACGAGAGGAAAAUGGAGAGGAUGAAAGAGGAGCACCAGGAGGUCCUAGCAAAGAUUCGGGAUCAGUAUGAGGAGGAGGGGAGAAAACAAAGAGCAGAGCUGUCUGAGGGCCUGCGAAGUGAGGUGAUACGCCUCCGACACCUUCAUGAAGCGGAGGUGAAAGCUCUACAGGCAGAGUUGGAUGAGCGGCUCACUGAACUGCAGCACAGGCACAGGGAAAAGGAAAGAAAACUUCAGGAUUCAGAAAAUGAGCUUGAAAUGCGAGCAAAGGCUGUCAAGGCCAAAUCGGUACAGCUCCUUAACCAGGAGGAGACUCUGAGAAAGAAAAGGCAGCAGCUGCUGGAUGAAGACAGACGGACUGAGCUAGAGAGAGAAGAAGCUGCUUUGGCUUCUCAGCUCCGUCUAGAGGAGAAUAGAAAAGUGCACAGCAACCUUCUUGACUCCAUCCGGCAACUGCGUAAGUCUCUUGAAGAGCUCCAAGAUCAGAAAGCUGAGCUGGAGGCCCAGGUGGACUUGUUGCAGACCCGAAGCCAGAGGCUGCAGAAACGCAUCAGUGAGCUUGAGGCAGCUAUCAGGAGCAAACAGGAGAUUUUGAAAGAACUGGAGGCAGAAGAAAGUGUAGGAUCUCCAAGAGGUAAAGCUGAGCUCCACGUUGAAGACCUGGCAGAAACUAUCCAAGCUCACUCAUCCAGAGAGCCUGCUUCCCCACCUUCUCAAAGCCACGAGGACAACAACUUCCAGUAUGAUCACGUCAGGAGCUACAUCUCUGCAGAAGGGAUUUCCAUUAGGAAUGCCAAGGAGUUCCUGGUGCGCCAGACCCGCUCCAUGAGGAAGAGGCAUACAGCACUGAAAGCUGCAAAGCAGCAGUGGCGCCAGGACAUGCAGAAAGCACAGGAGGUGGUACAGGAUCCUGACAGCUCCCACCUCCUGGAGGGUGUGCGCAGGAACUUGGAAGAGGAAGCGAAGCAGUUGGACAAGAUGAAGUCGGCUAUGCGGAAAGGACAGGUGCUGCUAAAGAGGAAAGAGGAGAAACUCAGCCAGCUGGAGUCGUCGCUGUUGGAAGAGCUUUCAGAUGAAGAUACACUGAAGAGUGCUGCAUGCAAAAAGAUGGUGACUUUUGAUCUCAGCAACUCCGAGGAUACAAACAGCAUGUCCAGUGCAGAUGUACAUCAGCAUAAAUUUGAUUUGAGAACUGAUCUGCAGAUUGACCCCCAGCUGGACAAGAUCCGGUACUUGACAGACUCUCUGCAGCGCAUCACGAGUGAGCUGAAUGGGGUCCUUGGCAUUUUGGGCUCUCUGAACAAUCGUCAGUCUCCACUCUUCACCUCGACACAGGUGCCCGUGCAGGUGCCCUGCGACAGCAUCCCUCUUUCUACCUAUGCCUCCUUGGCAGGAGUCCAGGCGGGUGGCUCCUUGGUGCCUCCUGCCAAGGUGUCUCUGGUUGACCGGUGGGCCUGGAACACUGGGCUGAGCUCCAGCUGCUCUUUCACAGCUGGACAGUCAGUGGACAGCACCCUGGCAGAGAAAUGGCACAAGUAUUUCCCAGGUGGGUUACCAUCGCUCAGUGGAAGUUCUGCUUUUCUGGACAGCAAGCUGGGUUACGUACCUGCAGAUGAGCAAAUCCGCCUGUUCCAGCACUCCCAGUUCCGGGGCUCUGAGUCAGAUCAGAUGACUAUUCAAGGAAUGAUCGAGACCAACAAGAAAUGGCUGGAAGACUUCAAGAGGGAUUCAGAAGUGCCUCUCUUCCCAGGUGCACAGAAGCCCCCUGCCAGCAGCCCCAGCCUACUUCAGCUAGGACUGGAUGAAAACAAACAAAUUAAAGUGUACCAUUACUAAAAGGUGGGACCUGGUGUUUUCAGCCCUUGGCCACGGGCACAGUGCCUCGAGAGAUGGUGGCUAGGGCCCGUGUGGUCUCCCUCACGACAUGUUGUGUUUCGGUGAUGCCCAGCCAUCUCUGUUCUGCCUCUGUGCUGUGCCCUUGAAAUAAAGUCUCUUAGCAAGAGAGCAGAGACAGGAGGAAGUGAACUUCCCAGGUGGAUUCUUCUAAUCCUGUAAAGUGUCCAAAUAUACUUUAUAGACUGUUUAAUCCAGUGGUGAAAUAUCAGACCUUCAAUAAAUCAACAGUUCUCUCAUUAGUAUUCUAGCGAUCGUGAGACAGAGCUGUGAAUCAUGGAGGACUUUGAGUAACUGGUCAAGGGGGAGGACGUGAAUCCAGCUGAGACUUUGCUAGAGGAAGUGCAUCAGGAAAGCAGCCCACACUGAUGCCCAACAAAUGCUUCACGGCAGGUGAGCAGAGUCAUCUGGCCUCCGUGGCACGUGCGAGAGCAGGGGAGAACGAGCAGCAAAACGGCUGUAGAAUCUGGGGAUUUCUAGUGGAAAAUGUUUACCAGAUUUUGCGCUCUGGGCUUUGGUUUUGUGAGGCUGAUUGCUAACAUGCAGAACGGCGGAUUCUGACUCUCUGGGAAACGUUCCUUUUUGCCGAUGUGGAAGCAACAGAAACGAAGCCGAGGGUGGCUUUCGUGGCAGAUGUUCUGGAAAAGGCCACCCUGGUUUCCCCCUCUUGCGGGGGCGCCGGCCAGAGCUGCGCAGCGUGGCUCUGCUGGGGGCUCGUCUAGUUCGUUCCAAACGUGCUGACGCAGGGGGGCGAGGAAGCACGGGACACUUUCUGCUGGCACAGCCACCGUUGGGAAGCUCAGCCUAGUGUGAAUGUCGAGAGGAGAUGAAGCCCCACCUGAGUCCUUUCAUAGCCUGGGGACGAGUCCAGAGCUCGGCUCCACAGCUGGGGUGUCCUCCCAUGCAGGAAUGUGGCUGUGCCGCUCCAGCGCCUCUGUCAGGCCCUCAGAGGGCAGGGCUCGCGUGACGGUGAAGUCGGGGCUGUGCGUGGCCAGGAGCAAGGCCGAGGCACUGGGAGCUGCUGCUCUCAGACCUCAGCUGCAGGAGGGUGGCUCGUUGCUUUACUUACCAGGUGGCUGCAGUUGUGUAGCGCUGGAGAAGCUUUGUCCAGAAGAUCUGGCAUCGCCCUGCUGGGGUGCGUGGAGCAGGGAGGAGGCAGACAGCGCUGCUCUAACCAGUGGGGGGAAGGCAGGCUAGGCUCUUGUACGGCUGAGUGGGAGAUGUGGUGUUUGGUUGUGAUAUCAAUCUUUCCUGCAAGCUGACUUUAAAUAUUUCAUGCUUUAAAAAAUGCCGUACUGCUUGCCGUUUUGUCUGAUUAAAAAGUCUGCAUUUCAAGGGUUUUGUCUGUGAGAAAUCAUCUUCAAAGCCAUUCCCUCUAGAGAGGGCUGAUGCAGGGAGGAUGGGGAAGUUGCUGCUCUGGACCCUUCAGCGUUCUGCGUGUUUCUCAGCGUGGCUAGUGAUGCCGCACAGCAGAGCGGAGCAGAACCGCCCCCCUGCUCUGCUUCCGGCGGUUGUGUGCUGGCACAACAUCGUGGCAGUCCGUGCUGCGAGUGAGGCCAGGGAACGUUUACCUGCAAAUAGAAAUAUAUUUUUGAUGAAUAUUUUAAAACUCUCAAGAAGAGUGUCUGUAUUCACAUUUUUUGCUGACCGUUUUUAGAACUGUUUAAACAACUUGGCCAGCCUUUGUCCUAGGGCAGGUUGGUUUUCCGGUUGGGUCCACAUUCAUGGGUCUGACCACAGGGUUUAGGCCUUCGCGUGGAUCCUCCCCCCGCCGCUUGCUCAGCGAGCGCAGGGCAGGCCUUUUCCAGGCACCGCCAGCAGCGAACAUCACGCCGACGUCCUUGCUGAGGAAAUCCGGGUGGGCUUUUAUCUGCGCUGGCCGAGCAGGGAGGCCUCGGAUGGCCCCAGGGAACGGCAGCUGGCCAGAGGAAUCCCUCCGCAGGAAGGGAUGGAUAAAAUAUUGAUUUCCUGUCUGCCCUCAGGUUACACCAAUCCCUGUCUGUAGAGAUUUUGCUUCUGGUUCGCCUGCUAGUAGCGGGACCCGUGGCAGGCCUUCCAGGCAGUUAUUUUUGUUAGAAGCCUGCUGCUCUGGCUUUCUGUUACGCGAGGAGGUUGCCAGUCGGUCGGACGCUGCACCCGGAGCCUGUGGUUGAGUCCAGUCUGUGCGUUCUGAAAAGCAUAUAUGAGUAGUGUGGAGAAAUGCCUGUUUUCUUAGCAAUACUGUGUUUUGAAAUGUGUUUAUUUUCCCCUUAAAGUUUGAUACCAAUUGUGUUUUGUUUUAUAUGCAAAUUAAAUCAACCUGGGUAUGUUUUGUGAGUCGGUGAUGUUUGCAGCUUUAUUUUUUCUUGAUGAGAUGCUUUCUUUCCCGGUUUUGUUGCCCUAGAUAUCCAGCUUCUCCUCACCUUUCACAUCUUCCCCUGCUCGUCUCCAGCCUGCUUGAUGCUUUCUCUUGUCAAGGUCGUCUUUGGCAAUUUCCAAGACCACUUCCGCUCACUGUGGCUUUAUUACCGUUAUUCUGUUAAGCACCUGGCUAGGGUAGCGAAUGCAGGGGCAGAGAGAAAGCUAAAAAACAAAACUGCAAAAGCCAUUCUUUGUGGGGCUUUCAGGCAGCAGGACAGCUUUUCAUGGGCUUGUAUCGUGCCCUUCUCAUACAACUGUCAUCCAGGCACAUUGCAAUGGUUCUCUCAGUCUGGAGCUCUCUGUCAAGGUUGUAAGGCAGGCUGCGUGCUGGAACAGACCCAGGGCGGCGCGGCGCGGCUGGAGGCUGGCAGAGGGGGCCGCCUGCGGGAGCGCGCAGCGGUGCGAGCUGCGCUCUCGCUCUCCUGCGUGCUCCUUGACUCUGCUCUAGCUGCCUGCGGAGCUCUCCCUGGGAAGAUGAGGCUGCAUUGCACCCGCGCGGAUCUGGGCCUUGCUCUGGAGCUGCUCUCCGGCAACUU